AUGAACACCCCCUCCCCAACCCCAACCCCAAGCCCCACCUCCAACAUCAACAUAACCAACAUCAACAUAACCCCCGGCCACGCAACCAUCCUCAACAACUGCACCCACGCCAUCUACAUCUGGAGCGUCACCAACACGACCUCCCCGCAAACCACCCUCAACCAGUCCCUCUCCUACAGCGAGCCCUUCCGCCACGACCCGGCCUCCGGCGGCGUCAGCCUGAAGAUCACCACCGUGCGCAACGGCCUGUACACCGGCGCCCCGCAGACCGUCUUCGCGUAUAACUGGGUCGAUGGACAGGUGUGGUAUGAUUUGUCCGAUGUGUAUGGGGAUCCGUUUGCGGGGAGGAGGGUUAGUGUGCUUCGCUACGGAGGCGGACAAGAGAUGAUUGUUUGGGAGGAUGGUGUGCCGCCGAGGGGGAGCCAGGUGAGGGUUUUGCCUGGAGAUGUGGAUUUGGUGUUGAGGGUUUGUGGGUGA